AUGUUAAUUUCCGCCUUUUUGCGCACCUCCACCUUCCUAGCUCUGGGACAAUUGGUUGCAGUUAGGUUUCACAAUGAAGAGGAAAAUUCAGAAUCAUCUGCUACAGAGCAGCCAUCAACUUCAAACCCUGCACCACAGAUUGUACAGAUGGCUCCUUCAGCACCAGAACUUGAAACUUACUCUUCUCCUCCACCUUUUGGUAGUAUUACUGUAGAAGUACUUACAUCUUCAGAUCCAGAAGUUUACAAUGAGUUUUAUCCUGUGCCACCUCCCCACAGUGUUGCUGCCUCUCUUCCUAUGUAUGAUGAAACUGAGAAAGCUAAAGUUGCUGCAGUGGCAGCUGCAGCAGCAGAAACAUCUCAAGGAACUCAGGAGAAAGAGUGUUCACCAAGAGAUGACUUUAAUAAUGCAGACCAGCUUAGAGUGGGUAAUGAUGACAUUUUCAUGUUGGCAUUUUUCACUGGAAGCUAUGGUGCUAUCAGUGGAUUUGGCCUUUCAUUGAUCAAAUGGAUUCUUAUUGUCAGGUUUUCUAAUUACUUUAAUGGAUAUUUCAAUGAGCAAUAUUGGCUUAGGUUGAUAUUUCUUGCACUUGGCCUCCUUUUCUUCAGAGGACUUUUUAAUUAUCUAAAAGUCAGUAAUAUGUCUGAAAGUAUGGCAGCCAAUCAUAGAACAAGAUAUAUCUUAUUAUAG